AGAAAAUGAACCUUUUGUCUCCCUCCUUCUGUUUUAGUUAAACUUGUAUUUGCUUUUCAAGCAAGGUCACUGAUCAGCUGACCAACUUUUUUAACAGCUGGAAAACACACAUUUGCUGCUCUGAACGUAUAACUGUUACCUCUCAGCACUGAAAAAGAUACCUUUGUGAAAAGGGAUAAGCUCUUCCGUACUCUGGCUUUUUGUAGAUGGGAGGAUGAGAAGAUGCAGUAAGGCCUAUUGACUCAUCUAACAAUGUUUAACUGACGACCCAAUUGGAUCAACUUCCACAAUAUGGAAGAAACAAAUGCAGGUGAUCAGCCAUCCAAACCCGAUGGGGAUACAGAUCAACCCAGAAGCCUCCCAUAUUCAGUGGAAACGCCAUAUGGCUUUCACCUGGACCUUGAUUUCCUGAAAUACGUGGAUGACAUUGAGAAAGGGAACACUAUCCGAAGGGUCCAUAUUCACAGGAAGGCCAAGCAGCCAAAAUUCAGCACGCUGCCUCGAAAUUUCAGCCUGCCUGAGAACGGGUCCCGAGCAUAUGCUGCCUCUUCCAAUAAGAGCUGGGCUGCCUUUGCCCAGAGGAAGACAUCAUUAGGGGCAGAAGAAACCAUUCACCUCGUCACAACUAAUGAAUCGCCACCAUUUGUAACACCCGCAGAUGAGCAGAGUUAUAGAAGAAAGGCCCUUUUAGCUGAGACAAUCAGACAAGCUGAGGUCAUGCGUCCUGAAGAAGAUCUUGCCGGCUGUAGAGGGAGGCCCCAGCUGUUGAGGGCUUCCAGCAUGCCAGCCGCACUCCCACCAACUAAACACAUAGAGGAAGAAAGUCAGUGCUCUGAGCCUUCUCAGUUGGUGUUACUUCCUCAGCCUUGUGAUGGAAAGAGCUUUACAGAAAUCCCCUUUAGCCCUGCAAAAGAAUCACUGGAUUCAAACUGUCCUGAUAGUCUUUCAGUAAAUCUCCCGAAAGACACAAGAAUUGCACAGCAGCAAAUGAAAGAGGCUGUGCCGCAAAGCAAGCAGCUUGGGGAGCAAGCAAAAACUAUUCCUGAGUUGGAUCACCAACCGGAAGCUCAUCCUCAGGAGGGAAAGGAAAUCCAGUCUCCACAGCCAAGUCAACCUGCCACGGUUCAGGAGCUGCUCAUGGUUACGGAGAGUGGAGGAGAAGAAUGUGAAACGCCAGCAAUGGAAACCUUUGCACAAUUAGUAAAGGAUGUAUCAUCCUCACCCAAGCUUUUGGAUGAAAAUGAGAACCAUGAAGAAAUAGAAUUAAACAUAAAUGAGGUUAUGCCAAGCAUAUCAGAGGAGAAUGAAGAUAGAAAUGUUUGGGCUAGGGAGAAUGGGGAAUUUUUGGGUCUUGAAUCUUCAGUUUGCAGCAUGGUAGAACUCAGCACCGUCACAGCACUGAAACAACACAUUGCUGUUCUGGAGGAGCAACUGAGCACCAAGACACAGGAACUUGAACAUAUCAGACUCGUGCUAAAGCAGCAAGAUGAUGAGAUCAAGGAAAAAGAGAGAAACAUUAAAACACUGGCAAGCUCAAAAGCUCAACUAGAGGAGAAAUUGUGCCGGGAAAAUACCCAAGAAACCAAGCCAUGUGAGCAGGAUGGAAAUGCCCUGCCUUACCACGAUGCUGCAGUGAACACUGAGCUCAUAGGAAUGGACAGAUUGAAGGAGUCCCAAGACAAAGGUGUCAAUGUAAAUAUCUCAGUUUCUACAAAAUCUGUAGGAUGCAGUGUGGACAACACGAACCUGGAAGUAGAAAAGCUAAGUAAAAUGCCAAUUCAUACAGAUCAGGGGUUGGCAGAUGUUCACGCUGGCAUCAGAAAGAAAGGGACUGCAUUUUUGGACAAACAGAAAAGAACUGAGACAGAUAUUGAGCCUGCUGUUCAUACAUCAUGCGUCACUGAGCUGCAAAUAAAUGAACAUAUCCAUGAUAACUAUCAAAGCCAAAGAAGCAGCUAUGAUACAGAGUCCUGUGUUGCUCCUGCUCCAACUGGAGAGAGCUAUUCAGGGACUGAUUUGAAGAAGGGUCCUGCUGAGGACAUAAAGCAAGUCCUGAUGGAAGAGGAAAGGCACACUGACCAACAGGAUUCAUCUGACACUGAUCCUAUAAGCCAAUAUGUUAAAAAAAUCCAGGAGCUUUUGCAAGAGCAGUGGAUGUGUUUGGAGCACGGAUAUCCAGAGUUAGCAAGUGCUAUAAAGCAGCCGGCAUCAAAGCUUAGUUCCAUCCAGAAUCAACUUGUUAAUUCCUUAAACUUGUUGCUAUCUGCAUACUCUACCCAAGCAUCACCAGAGAAAGAGAAUUCAAAUGCACAGUAUCAACAGUUGGAUCUCUCUCCAACCACAAGUCUUAAAUCUAUCAUGAAAAAGAAAGGUCACGGUUUCCAUGCAGGAGGUAAUGGAACCAAAAAGAACCUGCAGUUUGUUGGGGUUAAUGGUGGUUAUGAAACGACUUCAAGUGAAGACACAAGCUGCGAAGACAGCUCAUCAGAAGGAAAUUCUGACUGCGAGACAGAGAGAAAAUAUGAGAGUGUAGCGCACAGACAGGUGAGAGCUGCCGACGACCGUGCCUGCGCGUCACCUGGAAUCCCCCAGUGCACGAGACAUGAAGAUCAUGAAGAUGAAGAGCUGCAGGAAAGAGAAGACCCAACAAUGGCCAGCACUCAGCACAAGACUGACAGAUACAAGCCAUCAGAAGAUUUUCUUAAUGGCUGCCAGUUACUGAGGAAGCACCUUUCUGAAAUAAGGACCACUGGUGACAAACAUUUGAGACAUGUCUUCAAUUCUGUCUGUCAAGAGUGGUUCAGGGUGUCAAGCAGGAAAUCCUCCAGCCCAGAGAUUGUUGCAGUGUAUCUCAGGGAAUUCCAGGCGAUUGAUCCCCAGUUACUGAAGAGGAUUGUAAACCUGGCUGAUGGAAAUGGGAAUACUGCUCUUCAUUACAGCGUUUCCCACUCCAACUUUCUGAUUGUGAAGCUUCUGCUAGAUACAGGUGUGUGUGAUGUGGACCAUCAGAACAAAGCUGGUUACACUGCAGUGAUGAUCACACCACUGGCCUCAGCGGAGACUGAUGAAGACAUGGAAGUGGUGCUAAAGCUGUUGAAAUUUGGGAAUGUUAACAUACGGGCAAGCCAGGGAGGCCAGACAGCCCUCAUGCUAGGGGUCAGCCACGACCGGGAAGAUAUGGUGAAAGCGUUGUUGUCCUGCAAGGCUGAUGUAAACCUAAAGGAUGAUAAUGGAGUAUCAGCGCUGAUGGUUGCCUGUCAGCAAGGAAAUGCCGAGAUUGUGAAACUUCUUCUGGCUCACCCGGAGUGUGAUGCCACCUUGACUGACAAGGAUGGCAAUUCUGCUCUGUCUGUUGCUCUGAAGUCUGCCCACGUGGAAAUUGCUGAGCUGCUCCAAGCCCACAUAGAGCAGAGCUCGUCUUUGUCCAAAUAAGGGAAAUCAAAAACUCACAUUCAUUGGAAUGAGGAAUGGGUAACAAAAGGCUUAUUCUUUUAACCGCUCCGCUUCCAAUUUAGAUGGCUACGAUUGUGGCCAUACUGCUGGUUUCUAGACUUAUUGAUGGAAUGAACUACGUCAGCUAUUUGCAUACAUUCCUAAUGUAUAAUUUUCCUCAUUAAGCCUGCUUUUAUAGCCUUAACCUAUGCAUAGUGCUAUACAUUACUCCAAUACUGUUCCAAAGAGUUAGAUUAUUGUACUGUCUUUUAUUAACAUGGUUGAUGUUAAAGCUGAAUUCUCCUAUGUCCCCCUCAUAGUCUAGUUUUGCCAGAUUGGUGAACAAAACACUCCCUCCCUCAAAGCACAUCUGAAAAGCAAUACUUACUUUUUUUAAUAACUUUAGAUGAUCAUGUUCUUUUUAAUCAACUAUUUAAAAUACAUCUCAUUUAACUUGCAAGGUUGUGUCUUACUAUUUAUUGUUAGCCUUCUGUAUGUGUUAGCAGUCCAUGAUUGUUUAGUAUAUGUAACAACAAAUACAAAUUGGAUAGAUUAUGUAAAAAUAUCAAAUCCUAUUUAUGUUUGGUUAUGCGGCUCAGAUGUAAGAAUUAAAAUUAAUGCUCUAGGAAAACAUUUGAAUGUACCAGAUCCAAAUACACAGACAUUGUUUUUUCUUGUAUCUGAAAGCACCAUAUGGCUCUUAUUUUUUUUAAUCAGGUUUAAAUUAACCAGGAAACAUGGUCCAUUGAUACACACUAUAUAUCACUUAGAGGAUGUGCAGGCACAAUUGUGAUAUAUCAAAUUAUCCUAAACAUUGCACAGGAAACAAAUGACUUGACCAUAACAAACUUCCCUUCAAGGAUAGGUUAAUAUAGCCUCAUGAUUAGGAGAGGGUUUCAUGAUUAUUUUCCAUAGAGCCAUUUCUGAUGAGUGCCUUUUGGGCAAACAUCUGGUCUUCAGUUUCCAUCAUGCUAAUCUUUUGGAAUCCCCCUAACUGGGCAGAUUUAAAUCUGUAUUGUAAUUUAACCUGCAGCUCUUCCCCCCCUUUAAUGCAAAUGAAUUCCCAAUUUCAGGGAAGUUUGGGUUCCUCCCUGAAAGCUAUAACCCUUUGGGGCCUGGCACUAUUCCAGCACUGUCUACAGUACGUACAGAAGGCUGAGCUUUCCUCAGUUCCAAUGGCACAAGCCUUCCCCUUCCACAGUAGGUUAGGCAUGCCUCAGGGCUGUUCCUCUAUGGGUCCAAUCCUGCAGAGUGAUGAGAACCUCCUGUGAAACACCAAGCAGCCUCAGUUCCCACUGAACUCAGCAUCUCACAAGAAUUACUUACUGCUUUGCACGAUCAAGCCAUAAGUCCGUCUUCCAUUCUCACAGUUUCUUGUGCGUUGAGAUCAGAUUAACAGUGUUAGAGCUCUUUCAUUUAGGACCCAGUCUAAUGCCCAGUGAAGUCAUAAGAGCCUUUGCACUCACUUCAGUCUGGAAAAAUCAUACACUUGAUUGUGCUUGAUCUUCAAAGUUGUGCGCGGUGCAAAGCCAUUGAAAAUGGAGUCAGUAGAAUUUACAAACAAAUAAGAUGUGCUCUUUUGCCAACUUCCUCACUUUUAUUACUAAACAGAACCUAAUCUUUGACUGACAAACAACAAGAGAAAGUUAGCAAUUAACAGACUAAAACCCAUUGGGGACCUUAUCUCCUUCCUUGGUAUUUACAAUGUACAUGAAGACCAUUUGCAAGACUGAUAGCAUGAUCCAUUUCUGAGACUGAUAGCAGAUGCACCAUUCUGGUGUUUUCAUGCUGAAAUCUAUGGUACAAGUAGUAAUCGCUUUUUUUUUUAAUCCAAAGCAUUCUUAACAAUCACUGCAUCUGAAGCAUCUUCCAUUUUUAACUGUAUAUCCAAAUGAAUUUAGCUCCUUCAUGCCUGAAUAAAGGUCUGAUUUGAUUUUA